AUGAAAUUAUUAGUACUACGUUUAAUUUUAAUUAUUUCAACAAUUUUUGUUUUGUUAAAUUUAAGUUGUAUGGUGAAUGGAUUAUCAUUAAAAAGAAAAUCAAUUGUGUCAGAUCAUUGGGUAAAUGUUGCAAAUUCAAUCGAUGGUAAAACAUUAACUUAUAAUACAAUUGCAAAUAAGGUGGAUUUCCUUCAAUUUAGAGUUGACAGAGAAGAUGAAAGUAGAAUUUUAAAUGAUAUGUAUAUAAAUGUUACUUCAGUUAAAGCUGCAAGAUUUGGUAUAUUCUUCAAUAAUUUCAAUCCUGCAAAUUCAUCAAACGAUAGUAGAGGUAGAGCUGGCUAUUGUCCAAUUUGGUUUGCUACUUGUGGUGCUGAAACUCCAUACUUUUCAUUAGGUUCAAAUAAUUCAUAUACUAGUGACUUAACAUUUACUGUAACUGUCAGGGAUGAAAUUAAAUUAUGUGAUUUCUAA